AUGCGACAAAACGAGCCGCCAGGAAUGCCACGUGGCACAAAGACGCUGGCAUGGUUUAUGGAUCGUACGGGCAUUUUUGAGAAGCAGCAGCAGCAAAUGAUGCAAGUUAGGCGGAAUUCAUCGUCUGAUGACUCAAAAUCGACAACACCAUCGGCUCAGCAACAAUUUCAACAACAACAGCAACAGCAGCAAAAAAAGCAAAAACGAUAUCGAAAAACGUUGAGUCAACAGGGAACCACACGGAAAGAAGCAUUCGGUGGAAGUCAGGCUAUGAGUGAAAGUUCAGAAGAAGGCACAGCUAUUAUUUCCACUGCUCUGACGUCAUCAGGAGCCCCAAGCUGUGCCACACCAGGAAUUUCAGCCGCCACUACUACAGCUAACGGCAAUAAUAAUGAGGAAUAUUGGUUCUAUGACGUUGCAACUGAUGGAUAUUAUUACGAACAAAAUGGUGCAAAAGGAUGGAGGAGAAGGCAACCGAAUCAGGCGGUACAUAAAAGUGCUGGAAAAGAUUCGGAAGUAGCUCAUAUGAACGUGAAUGGACCCUCAAAAUACAACCAAUUGCUCGCCGCCCAGGCCGCCGCCGCUCAGGCCGCCUUCCUUCAACAGGCCUUCCAACUUCAGGCUCAACAGCAGGCUUCUCAGGCCCCACAAGGAGCCCACGCACCACCACCACCACAACAGCAGCAGCAGCCAACAAUGCGAUAUUAUGAUGCAAAUUCGGAUGGAUUCUUUUAUGAAAUGGCAUCAGUUGACGGGUGGAAGCGUCGGCAACCGAAUAAGCCUGUUUCAGCAUCGGUCCCCGCUGGAAUUACACGUCCUUAUAGCCAGAGGCCUGCUGCACAGCAAAUUCCACAAGAAGUUGCUGCUCCAUAUCAUCCAUCUACUGCUGCUCCAACAUCUGGAGCAUCCUCAUACGGAGCCGCCCUGGCACGUGGCCAAUUCCCCCGUAACACUGUUAAACACGACGAAAAAUGUGCACAAAAUGCUCAGCAGCAGCAGCCACGUGGUGAUUCUACGUCAUCAAGUCAGUGCGGGGACACAUUUGCCGAGCUCUUCAGCUCAUCGGAUCCCGUCUACAUUCCACGCCCGAGUGCUCUGAAUUUGGAGCAAAAAGCUGUGUCGCCGUCGGAAAACUCGACGGCAGCACUGUUUGACGCGGUUUUGGCCGAUUUUGGAGGCUUUAAGGCAACAUCAGCAAAUCUCAAUCCACUUCUACCAGGAAUAUCAUCAUCGCAAAGUCCGAUGAAAGGAGAAUCAUGGAAUUCGUUCCGAAGUUGCUCACUUUUCAGUCCAAUUAAGCCGUCGAAACGGGCUCCUCUGAGCUCCAACGGUCUACAGACACAGGCUUCUGCUGCUGCUAUGGAAGAUUUCGAUGAUGAUUCGACGAUGAAAAUGUUGAUUCAAGAUUUGGAUAAACUGUGGGCAAAUAGUCCGGUUUCAGGCCUAAAUCAGGCUUAAAUUUGGAUGAAAGCGGUGGAAAAUUGAAGUUUUUAGCUGAAAAUUCAAAUUUCCCGCCAAAUCCAAAUCCCCCGAUUUUUAGUACUAUAGAUCGCAAUUUGUCUGUAAUUUUUCUCGUUUUCCACCCACUCAUUUGAUUGUAUAUAUAGAUUUUUUUUUUGCAGUUUUUUUUCCACAAAAUUCCCAUUUUUCCCAUUAAUUUUAGACCACUGGUGGUGUUUUUUUUUUGUUUGAAAAUGUACUUUUCCUUCCCCUGAUAGCCACGUUCUAUUCCUCCCACCCUCGCAGCAGUAUUUUUUUCGAAUUUUUUGCAAUAUUUAGACCCCCCAUUUUUGGAUUUUUAUGGGCUUUUUGGGCUGAAAAUGGAGAGUUUUUGGCAAAAAUUGGAUUUUUAUGUGAAUUUCCGAGAAAUUUUAGUGAAAAAUCCUGAUUUUUCAAAUUAAAAAUCGACCUUUUUGCAGAAUUAUUUAAUUUUUAUCAUAAAAAAAAGACAAUUUUUGAGUUUGUCUGAAAAUUUCAGAAAUUUGAGCUCAAAUUGUAUAUUUUCUGGAACUUUUUCGAUUUUUGCUACGAAAAAAUUGAAUUUUUUUGAAAUUUUUGAAAAAUUUGAGCUGAAAAUUAGAAUUUCCUGAAUUUUCAACUUUUCCAUGAAAAAAUUGAAUUUUAGUAGAAUUUUUCAAAAAUUUGAGCUUAAAAUUGGAAUUUUUCUGAAUUUUCAAAUUUUCUAUGUAAAAAUUGAAUUUUUCUGGAAAAUUUCGAAUUUUCCAACCCAAAAACCUCAUAGAUCUGAAUCCUAGGAUAUUACUGUAGCAAAAGUAGACUCCGCCCACUUUUUCACAUAUUUUUUUUUGAAAAUUUUUUGAAUUCAACAUUCCCGUAGUCAGUAUCGCAAUUUUUUUUUCGAUUUUUUUCUUGUCCCCCUGUAAUUUGUAGACCCUAAUUUUCGCGUCACUGGCACUGUGCCAAAAUAUUCAUAUUACUGUAGUUUUUUGGUCCCUCAACACAAGUUUUCGUGUUUUCCACACACACAUCCGCCCACACACAAUUGAUACGUAGUCCGAGAAGCUUCAUAUUUCACUUUGCCCCUCUUUUUUUUUUGUCUGAAAAUAUUUUAUUUUUUGAGAUUUUCAGACGCAAAACUUUCAUUUAAAUGAACUAUUCUAGAAGAA